CUCAGAUUGACGUCACUCGGGAGUCUGGGCCGGCUAGCUGUCAUCCGUGAAGCAGGGAAGGGCAUGCUAUGACAUGGAGCUACAUUUUCACAUGUACAGUUGUAUAUGCGUUGUAUAGACUGUUAAAAGAAGACGAGGAUUUCGGGAUUUCUUUGUAUCUGUAGAGGUCCUCUCUCGUUUCGACGUCUUGAACAAACAGACGCUAGCUAACGGGCUAGCUAGCUUGUAAGUUUACUGUAACUGUUAAAGGCUGCGAGUUGAGACAGAAAGAUCUCCGCAUGGCGUUAAUCCUGUUUACGAGGUCCCGGGCACCUUUAAUGAAAACAUCCCGAUCUUUAAAGAACGAAUUCCGGAAAGGAAAAGGGAAACUACAAGAUGGUGCCUGUUUCAACUGCACAGCCCUCAGACUCUCCACUCAAAAACUUGAUGGACUCCAACUUGGCAGUUUGGCCCAGUUCGCUUCACUCGGUCCUUCCCUCCCCCUGUCAGAUGGAUACGUGGGCCCCUGCCAGAGCACGGACUCACAGCGACUCUAUUGCGCUUUUGUGCCGGGGGCCUCCUCUUCACCGUACCCUGCGAUCGCGUCAGGGGCCCAGUGGACAAUAGCACGACCACAGGACAUCUCCGGCGUCAGGUGGAUACACACUUCGAGGAGGAGGUGGGACGACUCAAAGGUGGAGAAGUCGCUACGUUCGAUAAAGGACAAGAAGAAGCUGGAGGAAGGAGGGCCGGUGUACAGUCCGACGCUCGAUGCAGAACCUGUGAGACGGACGCUCCGACAGCGGGUUAUAGAUGAAAUCAAGCACUACUACCACGGCUUCAGGCUGCUGUGGAUCGAUACCACUAUUGCUGGGCGAAUGCUGUGGAGGGUGCUGAACGGACACACCCUGUCCCGACGUGAGAGGAGACAGUUUCUCAGAACGUGUGCUGACGUCUUCAGACUUCUCCCCUUCCUGGUGUUCAUCAUAGUCCCCUUCAUGGAGUUCCUGCUUCCUGUAGCUCUGAAACUCUUCCCCAACAUGCUGCCGUCUACCUUCGAGACACAGUCAAAGAAGGAGGAGAGGUUGAAAAAGGAGCUGAGGGUCAAACUGGAGAUGGCCAAGUUCUUACAGGACACCAUCGAAGAGAUCGCUCUGAGGAACAAGGUUGCCCAAGGCGACGUGACGGAGGAGUUCUCCACCUUCUUCCAGAAGAUCCGGGACUCCGGGGAACGACCCAGCAAUGAGCAGAUCAUCAAGUUCUCCAAACUGUUUGAGGAUGAGCUGACUCUGGACAACCUGACUCGACCCCAGCUGGUGGCUCUCUGCCGCCUCCUGGAGCUCCAGUCCAUCGGGACCAACAACUUCCUCCGCUUCCAGCUCAUCAUGAAGCUGAGGGCCAUCCGCGCAGAUGACAAGCUGAUAGCAGAGGAAGGAGUGGAGAGUCUGAACGUGAACGAGGUGCAGGCAGCCUGUCGCGUCAGAGGGAUGAGGUCUCUGGGAGUCACAGAAGAACGACUGAGAGAGCAACUCAGCCAGUGGCUGGAGCUGCAUCUGAAUCAACAGAUCCCCACCUCUCUGCUGCUGCUGUCUCGGGCCAUGUUCCUCCCCGACACCCUGUCCCCUGCCGACCAGCUGAAGACCACACUGCAGACGCUCCCCGAGAUGGUGACAAAGGAGGCCCAGUUGAUGGCGGCAGAGAUGGAGCUCUCCAAAGUGGACAAUAAGACCAAACUGGAGACGACGCUGCAGGAGGAGGCCGCCAUACGCCAGGACAACAAGGACCGUGAGAUGGAGAGGUUGGCUGACGCUGCAGAGAAGGUUGCCAGGGAGGGGGAGUUGGAGCUUGAAGCAGAGAGGGCGAAGCACAACGAGGCGAUUUCCAUGGCGGACAAGGCUGCUCAUUCAGAGACGCUGAGGGAUACGGCGCCCGUCAUCGAGGGAAUCAAGGGCGAGGAGAUCACCAAGGAAGAGAUUGACCUGUUGGGCGAUGCCUGCUCAAAGCUGAAGGAGCAAAAGAGGCUGUUGACUCUGGAGAAAGAAGAGCUGGAGGAACUGAAAGAUGACGUUCAAGAAUACAACGAGGAUCUGGAGGAAAUAAAGAAGGAGCUCUCUAAGAGCGGCCAGGAGAAGACGGUGGAAGAGUCAAAGGCGAGCAAGCGUCUGUCCAAGAGAGUGAACCGCAUGAUCGGUCGCAUCGACAAAAUCAUCCUGGAGCUGGAGAAGGACAAGGUCAUCCUGGACGGACAGAUGGACAGUGGAACCACGCCACCUGUCGGAUUAUUCUUUACAAAAGCUAGUGAUGCCACAAGUCUGUUCUACACCUUCAGGGAGAACCUGAUCAGCAUCGACGAGCUGAUCAACGUCAUGCGGCAGAUCCAGAACAUUCCAGAGCACAAGCUGCAGAGCAUCGCCGAGGCGCUCGACGACAACAAGGACGGGAAGAUCGACAUCGACGACGUCAUCAAAGUGGUGGAACUGAUCGACAAGGAGGACAUCGACAUCUCCACCACUCAGGUGGCUGACAUCAUGGUGAUGCUGCAGAAGGAGGAGAAGCUGAUGGAGAAGGAAAAGGCCAAAGAGAAGGCGGAGAAGGAGCAGGCAGCCACACUCAACAGCUAACUCAUUUCUCCUAAAAGGACACACAGCAUUUGUAAAAAAAAAAAAAAAGAAAGAAAGAUAUAUAUAUUGUUGAGAAGUUUGUGGCUAGUACGCGGUCACAGAAAACUGCGGACACCAGACGGAUCUGGAGAGAAAAGUCAAAAAGGUAACAGCUCCCUUCUCAAAAUGUAAUUUCACCAGAAAUCGAGCUCCGACUAAACAGUUAAAAAAAAUGAAAAUAGGAGGCUGAUUGCCUUUUAAAAUGCACAAAAUCAAAAAGACACUGAAACUGCCAUUAUGUUAAACUCUUCUGGACUGAUCAUGUAACAUAUGUUGAUAUUUGGUUUUGUUUCAUUUGACUCAAGCACUUAUUAUUAAUACAGGGGGAACAGAAUGACAUGAAGACGUGGUUUAAGUUCUCCCGAUAUAAAAGUUGGCAAAAGGUUGAAAAAUUCAUCAAAAAUUAUGUUUGGAAAAUAUAUUAGGAGAUAUAUUAUUUAAAGUUUGAGGUGAACCGUCUUGCCUUUCAUUUCAUUCAUGUCAUCAUCUCAGAGAAAUGAUUGAUCAUUUCUGAACUUUGCACAGUAAAAAAAAAAAAUCAUCGUCAUCAAUGUCAUUCCACUCAGUUUCUUUUCCUCUUUUAUUUUGUUUCUCCAUCAAACUCCCAUGUUGUAAAGUCACUUGUUAUGUUCUCUGAAUUGUACCCGGACAGGAAGCUGAUUGCUGGCUAUAGGAAUGUUUAAAUGGUGAGUGCAACCAAAGACGUUGUUAGACACAACAUAGAAAUUCCUAAAAAUGAAUUAAAAAAUAUGAAAUUAUUAAUUAACAAAAUUAACAAAUGCUAUAUAUGCAUUUUAACAAAAAAAAAAAAAAAAAAUCAGUGUUAGGGUCAUCACACCCUCUAAUUAAAAAAAAAGAAAAAGAUUAUUGCUGCAGAAGUGUUGCUGUUUUGCCUAGAAAAGCCAAUGAGUGAAGUUAGCAACAUCUAACAUCAACGUUAAAAAAUGUCUGUACUGUAAUUUUCUUUUCAUUUUGUAUUAGCCUUUUGUCUUAAUGUCUAUUCCCGUGUUCAGUGUAGCUCUCUGUAAAAUACCAAAGUUGCACUGAGGCACAUUUAAUAACAGAUUCUGAUUAUUCCCGAAAAAUCAACAAACAUCCCCAUAAAAAAUAAAGCCCGACUGAUACUUUAUGAACAGGGAGGUUCACAGUCAACGUAGGGACACGUAAACAAACGCACCAACCAGAUAUAAGUCAGCGGUCGCUGUGGGUCGUGGUAGAGUUUUCUUUUUCUUUUUUACUAGUUUCUGUUUCAGGAAACAGUCGUCGGCUGUUGGGAGGUCGUCUGGUCGGAGGGUGGGAGCAGCUUCUUGUGCACGAGUAGCACGAUAACCUUCAGAGGUUAAAUGCAAAGUGGCCUUCUCUUGACGCCCAUGUUGUGGAUUAUACACUGUUGUGUAUUUUUUAAGAAGACAGCAGAGCUCGGAUAUUCUUCACACUUGAUGUAAUAUAGUUUUUUGGGAUGAAGAUGAAUUCAGUCGUAGAUCAGGUAGUUUGAAUUUUAGGCACAUACAACCUGAGUCCUCGUUUUUUUUGUUCUCUGCACUGUAGCAAUGAAUGUGUGUUGACUGGAAACAAGUUUUCCUCAGGAGGAGGUGAUUAGAGAUAAUAUUCGAGUCAGAUACUCAGCUCUGUGUUCACACUGCAGGCAGCUUGGCCAGUCGUAUUUUCGGCUACUUUGACACCAUAUUCCAGUUAACUAAUGAUUAUUUUGAUCAUAUUUGAUUUGUUUAUUUAAUUAUUCAAAUUAUAAAACGCCAUAAAAGUAAGAAAAAUGCCCAAAGUGUUGCCCACACAUUAUCUUUCGGAAUAGAAAUGCAUUAUUUUACAGAUUAACUGACCUCAUGUUUGGGGUUUUCCUCCUGUAAUGGAUCAAAUAAGAGGCUUUUGUUGGAAAAACUGGGAGGCUUUGAUCAAUUUCACAUUGAUUAGAAGGCAGAUGUUUGGUUAAUGGUUUGGUUAUGAAGAAAGCCAGGCUGCUCAGCUCUGAGGGAAAUGUUUGUCGUGUUGCCUGCAGCGUGAACCCGCAGCAAACGUUUGAUUCACCUCUAUCUGCUGAACCGAUCUGACUGUUAGUUUGUGGUCGUAGCCGGCCCUCUGUUAUUCCUCCGCAGUAACCAGAGAAGGGCUCAGGUGUAAACAGAGAUGACGGAGUGGUACUUGAGAUAACGCUGAGUGGGCGACGCUUCGUUUUAAUCCGUUCCCGGAAUCCGCUGUCGUACGUGCGGAUGAUGAAGAGCUUGCCCGUCUUCCAUCAGGCGCUGUCCCGGUUAGGACCCAGCGCUGCCUGACAGGGCGAGGGCUCUGCUUGGCCUGGGACCAGUCAGACUGAUGGCCGCUGGGUAAACACUCGCCCCAUACAUGGGCCAAAGCCAGCGCCGCUGAAGGGUUGUGUUUAGGUUAGAGACGCUCCGGGCGGGACAUGGCAUGCUCGCCGCCGAAUAAAUCAGCAGCCAGUGUAAACAUGUCGGAGGAACGUUGUGACAACUUCUCGAUUACACUCGGCAGGAGAGGGUGCCGUUUGUGGCCCCCGUGUACACCAGCGGCACUGCCACUGUUUCUAGGCAUUGAGGGGGUCAAAGGUCAAGAAGCCAAUGUGCAAUGUUAUGCCGUUUUAACAACCUUAACAUACACUUGUCUUCAGCUCGGUCUGGUGCAGAUAAGUCGAAUGAUUGAUUCGUUAUUCGGCAGAAAGUGAAUUGGAAACUAUUUUGACAAUCAUUGUCUUUAUUUUUCAAGCCAAAUAUUUCACCAGUUCCACCUUCAGCAGAGCGAGUUCCUUUUCUUUGUUUUACAUCACAGUAAACUGAACAGCUUUGGGUCUGGACCGUUGGUUGCACAAUAAAAAAAAAGCUAUUUGAAGACGUUACCGCAGGUACCAGGAAACUCUUUUCUACAUCAAGUGAUUAAUCAAUGAAUCAUGAAAAUAAUCUUAAGAUGAAUUGAUAAUGGAUAUAUUAGUUACAGCCCCACACUUUUAUUUUCUCACUGGUCCCUCAAACAACACAAUCUUUGCACUCGUGUUUUUUGGUGUCAACGCCUGCAAGAAAGGAGAUGUAGAAAAUAUGAAAAGCUGUUGUUGUUUAAUGUGUGAUUAUUUUCACUCAGGCUCGUUUAGUUCAGUCAUCCAAACCAAUAAUGUAAAAUAGAUAAAAUCAGCAAAUCCUCUUAUUCCAGAAGCUGAAACGAGCUGAUGUUUAUAAUUUUUUUUAUGCUUAAUCAAGAUGUUUCAUUGAUUAAAUUUCUAUUAUGGACAAAAGCAUUUAUUUCAAUUUUGCAGCUCCAUUGUGACGUCUUAAAAUAGACUCUGUUGUUCGGCCAGUGGUUUAAAACCCAAAAGAUAUUCAGUUCCACAGUGAUGUGAAACAGAGAAAAUCAGGAAGUCCCACCGUUUCUGGACGCAGAAGAUAUUUGGCAUUUUCAGUAAACAACUUAAACAAGAAGAAUUUUGGUAUUUUAGCCAUAAAGUCACUGAUAUGACGUGACAGUCAUAUUUCCCUCAUGCAGCCAGGAUGUGAUUAUGAUAUAUGAAAACCUGUCAAAUCUUCAAAUACAUUCAGGGAAUCCUGGAAAAAAAAUAAUUACGUUUUGAAAUAGAAAAACCUGUAGAAACCCUGAUAUGAAAAUCAGAAGAACGCCACACGCCAGUCUCUGAAAGGACCGUUUGCACGUAUCUCCCAAACACAGGCAUCUCUCAGCCUCAAAAACAAAACGGAGGUCUCUGCCGCCGCGCACGGUACUCGAUGAUUGUGCGUCCUCGUCUUCGGCAUCAGAGCGAGGAGUGGAGCAGAGCUCACGGCUCACCGCCGGCUGCAGUGUUGCUCUGUGCUGUUUAAGCUGCUGCUGUCGACCGAAGGCAGCGGAGAGAUGCAGUUGGCAGGAGAAGCAUUUUGUGACAGUGAACUUAAAUCAGUCGUUUUUCAUUGUCAGCCAGUUCAGGAACCAGGACGAGAGUUGUUUUCUGCCUUGCUUUAUUCUUUCAGUGAUUUUUUUUCUUUUAGUCGAGUAGUAGGAAAUAAUGGCCGAUCGUAGCUCACUGUCCUUCUCUUUGCCCGUUAUCUGCCGAGUAUUGCCACUCUGUAAAUGCACUAUUUCAUUUUUGAUACAGUAGGUGUGUGUUACUUGAAGGGACUCAGGGUGUGAAUGUUCAGUCUGACGUGGCUUCAGCAGGGAAACUGAACUGUGUCGUGAACCACGACACAAACCGUCCUAAAAGAUUCCUGUUGAGCUCGAGGAGUUUGUGAACUAGAAGAACAAAUAUUUAGAGCAAUAAGUCAUUUAUGCAUCAUGUACUUUUUUUAAAUUUUAUUUUGUUUUUCUCUCUUUUUGAGGUGUUUAAUUUGUUAAAAAAAAAAAUAUUGUAAUAUAUGUUAAUUAGAAAAAGGAAGUGGAUGGUGAAACUGAAAAACCAAGAAAGUAUCUUGUGGAUUCUGCUUUUCUUCUUGAUAUCAAGCUGAUGCUCUGCUUAUUUUGGGGGGUGACGUGCUUGUAGUUGAUUAUAUGGACUUUCUGAGGACAGAUGUACCCACUUUUUUGCACCAGCUUACUUUUUGUAGAAUAUAUGAAAAGCUUUCUCUUUCAGUGGAAGUAAAGAAGGAGAGUUUAGGCAGCUGGAGACUGAAAACAGGAUCAGUAACAUUUUUAAUGCCAGGGAAACAUGAUGCGGAGUCAGAGCCUGUGUCUGCAGACACAGACCUCUCGGGUUCAUACUAAGUCUUUGAAGCCUACACACAUAUUAUAAACUAUUUAACUGCUAAUAAUAAUAGUUGAAAUAACAGGUCAGCCACCACCAUUUACACAGAAAACUUAUACUUAUGUUGUAUUCAGGCAGAAAGUGAAGCCAAGUUUUGCCUCAAAUUUGACCAACUACACAGACAGUAGCUAUAAAGCUAGCUAGCAACCAGCACAGCGGCCAUGUCUGUGGGAGUGAACAGUAUCUGUGUGUGUGUUUGUGUGUGUUUGCGUUCAGCUCAGCCUCUGACUGAACUCACACACAAACACACGCAAAUUUCUGGCUCAUUGCAGACGCGUAUUUUGGACUUAUUUUGGACUUUGCGUCUUUCCAUUGACAGAGUGUGUAAUCGUAGACUGUUAAUAAAGGUUUAGAAAAGCCUCAGUUCGGCAGCCGCGCUCAGUUUACGUGACAUUAAACCCCAAACAAAGUUAUCAAAACAUAUUCCAGAUCAGAUUCUUAAAUCAGGAAAAAUCUCUGCCCAGUUUGAAAGGUGAGACGACACGUUGCAGUUUAAUCUCUUUAUUAAAGUUUAAAAAUGUAAAAAAAACAAACAAAAAAAACAUUAGUCAUUGACUCAGAUAUAAACUAUAGCAUAUAUUGGAGUUUUUGUUUUGAGAUAAUUGUCAUGUUAUUUAUUUAUUUAUUUAAUCAGAUUUUCCAAAGUUUUUUUUUUUUUUUCAUCCAAAUGUUGCACAAGAAAUGAGCAGAUACUGGCUUUGAUUUCAGUUUUAACUUGAAUCUCAAAUGUAUGAAAAACAUCAGUUUUCUUUUUCUUUUUAAACACGAAUCAAAGUGUUCAUGUAAAAAACAAAACAUCAUUUACAAAAUUAAUCAUAAGUUGUUGAAUAAAUAAUGGUUGAUCCUGAGUUUCUUUUUGUUUGAUUUUGUUUCAUUCUUUUCUUUUUCUCCAUCUCACAUUUCCCACCGUUCAUCGUCUGUCUCUCAUCACUUUCACACAGCCAUUUUAGGUUGUGUGUGUGUCGUCUCCGAAACCUCCCACACCAGCCUUUUCUGUUACUUCUCAUCCCAGAGCCUCAUUCCUCAGUCGUUACCAGGCUCACCACACGCGCUGCCACUCCCCACACACGGCCUCCGUCCUCUGCCGCUGGAAUGCAACCGGACUUAUUUUUCCAGCGACAAUUUUAAGGUCUGUGUGUAAAAGGGGGGUUAUUUUAACAGACUAAAAGCGGGACACACACACAAACACGCAAAAAGACAUAAAAGAUCUGGUUUUUAACCCCCUGUGUGCACAGGAAGUGAACUUGUGUAGAUGUUUCCAGCACGAAGCUGGAAAACGUCGUUGAUGUUACGGAUGAUUUUGCUUCAUAAUCUUGAGGGUGUGAGGAUUUUUAGAUUCAACCAAAAGUAGUAUCGUAGGCCCUGCAGUUGUUUUUACACACCGUCAAUAUCUUGAGUCCAACUUUUAAGGCUGAACUGCAGUUCAUGAUGCCUUAAAGUGCAUUUGUGUUUACAGCUGAUAUCUUAAGAGCCAGUGGAAGUUACUCGUUGAUUCUUUACUCGCUCCUCAAAACGACAGACGCAUAAUCAUGAAAUCGAUGUCUGUUUUUUAUUUGCAGUCACCUUAGUCAGAAAUGUUGUGCUCAUCAUUAACAUACGUAGUGUUCUCAGUUUCCCAUAUUGAUAAUAUGACCAGCAGUUGGAGGAAAAGACAUAAUGUACUGUAGCUUUCACCAGCCAAAAUCUAAAUGUUUAUUUGUUCACAGAUUUCCCAGCAGUUGGCUGCGUCUCACCCGUGAUCUGGAUGAUGAUUGCAGUCUUAAAGAUGUUUACCAGGAGUGAAACUUGUGUUUAAAUACAAUUUUCCCAGUAACAUAACGAACUGAAGUCGAGUGCAGGAGGCUCAACUUGUGCUGUGAUUCGCGUGUCACAAACAUUUUUGAGGUUGGAGUUGGAGAAUCUGGACUCGUGCGUGUCACCACGGGUCGCACAGAGACAAGUCUCCAUCUUGUCGAGAGCUGAGCCCAGAUGCUACAAGUUUAAUAUACCAUGCUGUUGUAGUUGCAGUAUCUUUGAGACAAGUCAGAAACACGCGUUUAGCGGCAUUCAAUGACAUUGCAAAAGGAAACUGGAGGCGGGAAAGCAGGGAGACAGCGAGCAUGUGCAGCGCAUUCAAGGCGGACCUCAGGAGGGAAAUCAGGUUUCUCUAAUUUGCUACUGCUCCCGCUAUAACAGAGACCUGGUUUCUCGUUCUUCUGCAUGUCCAACGUCCUGCAGAGUGAGAUCACAGUGACCCUGAGGAACCUCCUGCAGAAUGCCAGCAGGUUAUUCGGUGUCACACACUGGAUUUGUUUGUUAAAAGAAUAUCGGGGGAAUAUUUUGGAGCCUGUAGAUUCUUGGACAUUCGAACAAACUCAAUCAGGAUUGUCACAUAUGACGAAGUAAAUCCCAAACUUUGUGUAGAACACCGUCCAGAGAAAGCUGGACUCACAAAAACUACAUCUUUGAAUUUAUUUUGGUGCAGCCUUAAGAAUAUAAAACACGGCCUGCCCUCUCAGUCUGAUACAUUCCUCCUGAAAAUUAAACCCAGUCAUGCAGAAGUUUUUUGUGACAAAAUUUAAAACACCCUUCACCAGAGGUCUGAAAAAGAGUAAACCUGAACUCAGUGGCGCCGCAGACGCUCUGUAAGAGUCAGUUAAAUGUUUCCCUGCUUUGUCCCUGCUCCCCGUUUCCAUCCAUCAUCACGUCUCUGCAGAGAAUCACAGAUAUUUACACCUCCGUCGGUUCGGCAGGUAGGUGUCAGGAGUUUGUCUGGCUGCCUGUCAGGAUGGUGAAGUGUGUCUGUAACCAGCUCGCAGGCUCGUUGAUCUCUGGGAGUGUGUGUGUGUGUGUGUGUGUGUGUGUGUGUGUGUGAACUUUCUGCUUCAGGGAGUCUCUGUUUUGCGAGGAGCGAUGAGGAGGUGUUGAUUACAGAGGAGGAAGAUGAAAGCCCAGGGGCGAGUGGCUUCAACAGCACAUGAGGAUGAUGCUGACAGCUGUGUGUGCAGCUUGUAGACGGAUCCUGAUAUCAGAGUGUGAUGUGGGAGGUCAGCUGUCUGCAGGUUAGCUCAGGAUAGUCUUGUCUGUGUGAGACGAAAUGUGAGUGGCACAGCUGUGACUGAUUCAAUUACAGUGAUUUAGUUUGCGAGAGAUUUCGAACGUGAGGGUUUGAAAUGAACUGGAGAUCAAAGGUUUUUACCCUGAAACUGAGUGAAACUGAUUUAUAUUGAUUAGAUUUGUAGAGAGUUAGAGUCGAAGGCUCAGAGGUACUUGAAGAAACACUGGUCCUAGAGCAGCACAUCACUGUCGGAGGCUGGUGGCUUCAUGCGUUUGACAUUGGAUUUCAGAAAUGUAAACAGCUUGUUCUGUAAAUAGUAAGUGGAGAGGUAUUAUUUUAUAAAACAUCAAAAACCGGCAUGUUUUUCAAACCAUUCAGUGACCCCUCGUAUCCAUAGUCCUCCUAGAAGAGACCCCUCCCAUCAGGAUAGAAAUAUCUCAUGGGAUAAAAGUGAUCACUCAGAAAAACUUUGUACUGAUUUCCGAUGACUAACUCUUCCCUCUAAUGAAACAACGGGACCCAAACCAUGUCAGUCCUUUCUCCAUGGACGUCGGUGAAGCCUCUACUUCCCUCGUCUCUGUAGAGAUGAGCCGAUAGUUUUUACACCUCUUUUGUAAUGACACAGUCUGAUCACGUCCCCGCAUUGACGUUCUCAGCCACCUGAGGAAGAGCUGCUCCUCUGUUUGUCCUCACAUAUCUCACUAAUGCACUAAACGCUAAUGCACAAGCAUCACCGUCAUCAAAUGUGCGCCAUCUGUUUACUGACGUCUUUCUCACAGAUCUACAUGCAGAUGUCACUUUAGUCUCUGUUCCUAUGGAAACACUUUUGUGCCCCCGCCAUCUUUUUCUUCUUUCCAUCUUGACACAAAAUAAGACCUGAAAAUUACGCCUGCCACAGAGCAUGAUGGGAUGUUUCUGCCAUAGAGAAUAUUUAUUGGCCUUUUUAUCAUAAAAAUGACGCAAACACAAUUAUCGAGAAAACUCAUAAGAUCAUACUGUAUAACGGAACAAGGACAUCAGCGACAAGAAAGAGUAAAGCAUGAUGGGAUAUUAACUGUGUAAUUGUACCAUGCAGUGCAACUGUGUGGAAGCAUCUACAUCUGUUUCAUUUCGUUUCUCCACUCAUUUCUUUAAUUUGUAACCAACCUGUAUGUGUGUAUAUAUAUGUAUAUAUAUAUAUAUAUAUAUAUAUAUUAUAUAUACAUAUACACACACACACACAUAUAUAUUCUUGUUGAUUUCUAGUUUCCACAAAUUAAACUAAAAUUUUCUAAAAAAAUUGAAAUAAUAACAACAGGCUUUUGGAGUCUAAGUUGUCUUUUUAGGGCAUGUGUGACUCAUAGAAGUUUAAUGAGAUGUUUACAAGAGCCACACAUAACUGGAGGCCUCCGAGACCUGAGCAUUACUUGGGAAACUAGUGUGCACGUGAACACACUCCGGGGGCUUGAUGAGACUAACCUGGUCAACAAACUGUUACAGUGAUCUGAGGAUGAAGGACAUAAAGGGCGUUGAGGCUCUAACUACUGUACAAACUGUAUGUACGUACUUCUUCUUCUAAAGUGCAGUUUUAAUGUAAAUAUGUGAAGGAGCUCUCUGUGUGUCUCUGCAGCAGUAAGUGAUGAUCCUUCACUGAAGGGUAAACUGGGCACGCUCAGGAUAACCACCUCAGCUGACUGCAUGCAGUAGUGAAACAGUCGUUCGUAGAGUUGCAUGCCAGUUCUCUCGCUGUAACCUUCACUAUAAUACUCGAAUAAUCUCCUGUGUUGAUCCUGUAGCUGUAAAGUUUUCUCACAUCUGUAAAGUGACUGGACGAGCCUGCUUCGUGUGUGUUGCACGCCACGGCUCUUCACGCUGUUAGAAAAAACACAAAAAGAAAAAGAGGAGGAAGUGAUUUGCUCAGACACACAGAUGAAGUCUUUUUCAGCUGAAAUGUAUAUUUUAAUGGUGCUUCAUGAUGAUGUACUGUAGCGUUUUAUUCUGAAAGUCCAGUUUAUGAUCAGUGCCUGGGGAUUAUUUUAUCUUCAGUUCAACACAUGUCCUUGUUUUUGUGGCUAGUUAUAGUUACUGUGCUUAAAACAAGUUGUUCUUAGGAUCUUUUAUUGUUGUAAACACAUUAAUUGUUAACAUAUUAUUUGGUUUUCCAAAAGGAGAUUGUGGUUUCAGCAAACUAUUAUGAUAAUUUCUCAUUUCCUCUGGAGCAGGACGGAUGUUUUUUGUGUUUUAAAGGUGAAAUGUCAUUUUACAAGUUACAAUUUCAUAUAAAAAAAACAAAAACAAAAGGCAUCUAAUACCACAAAAUAACUGAUUUCCUGCUCAGUUUGUGCAUCGACAUUAUUAAAGAAUAACUUUGGAGUUAUUUUAUUGCUGUUUAAACCAAAACCAUAAAAAAGAAAAAAAAAAAAAAGAAAAAGUAGCUUCAAAUACAAAGUUAUGAUUUCUUGAAAUAUGAUUUCUUCCCACUCAGCUUUUGAAUAAACAUUUAAUAUUUAAUUUUUAGACUUAUUUUUGCACCAAUUUCUUUGUAUAGCAGCUUUUGUACACAGCAUUACAACAUUUAAACAUUAUCAAAAGAAAAAUAAAGCAAAUUAACAUAGAAUAAUAAUGAAACGAGAUAAUAAAUAAAUAAAUAAAUAAAAGAGCUGAGUUAUUAAAUACAUAAUUCUAGAUGCACAAAAUCACAAUUAACUAGUAGUUAAAAAAAGUAGUGGAGUCGAAACUUCAGCAUCAAGACAAGUGUGACUGUAAAAUACUGAACAAACAACCUUGUAAAAGAAACAGUCAGCCAUUGUGCUGCCUUCAGGGGCCUCUGCUUGAAGGAAAACAAUUAUUUACAGUAAUUAUUUUCAGUUUUCAGAGAGUAUUAUAUUAUUUAAAGCUGCAUUAGUCGUUAUUGUGAAUCAGACAGUUGGAUAUUUACACGUUCAGCAGCUUUGAUUGAGUCUUUUGACUCCAGACAGAAACACAAACUAAAUAAAUUACGAAUAACUGUGGUAAUACUUAAAGAAAAAACCACCCCAACAUUGAGAGUUGGAAAUGGGAGAGGGACAAAGGUCUCCCUCUUUAUAGUCUAAUGUUUUAUUGAGCAAUUGUUCAAUAAGAUAUUGAGUAAUGCAGCUUUAACACUUUUCAAACAUGUGGAGGUUUAACUCCCAUAAUCCUCCUGCUGUGCAAACAUCUGCAGACUGACUGUAUUUAAAGAGACUGCACUCGGCAACAAUCUGAUUUACUUCAAACGAUAACAUGAAAACAAACACAAACUUGGCUGAGCAGCGCUAAUGCUCAAUGACAAUGAAAUACUUGCCAGAUAAUGAAAUUAAAAUGCCCCUGAAAUGCAACAACAUCUGUUAACUUAAGAUAUAUCCCCUGUGAAACGACCCUUAAUUAAACCAAAAGGGCUUUGGUAUAUUUUUAAUAAAUAAUGCAAUAAUAUUGACUAACAAUGAAAUAAGAAUGUACAUCUAAUCACUAGUUACUGUUGAAUCAUGAUUUACAAACCGUUUAUGUUGUAAUAAGUUAUUGUAACGAUGAUGUUUUACCGUAAUCUGAGGUUUUAUUGCAUUUUCAAAUCAUCCUGUAGUUAUUAUGUUGCUUUAAGCUUCAUCGUUGCAGGUUUCCUGUGAUUGUUUUUCGAAGCCUUAGAGGUCGAAACCAUGUUAAAGAUUUAUGGUCACUACUGUUCCAUCCAUCAGUCACGACAUCUUGAAUGUUCAGUCACAUGAAAGGCUCCAUGCGCCACCACUUCAGAUGUUUGGAAAAAUGCACACAGCCUGAGAGACACACUGAAAGACGUGUUUUUAAUCAAAGAAGAAGAAGAAAAAAAUAGUAAGCAGAGUUUAUGAAGAGGAGAAAGUGAGCCCUCUUUAAGGGUGAAAACUGUUUACCACUGAUAGUGAAACCACACUGUUGUCUCCUACAUUAUGAACCACACAGUCUGUCUGCUCUGCUUACCACUGGGAUGUAUUGAAAUGUGAAACGAAGACGAGCUGAACACAUCUGAGACAUCUGGCUUGUUCAGAAGCUGCUGUAAUCACGCUGUUAUUCACAUCGCUUGAAACAAACUGCAAUAAAUCUGUGAAAACAG